AUGGAUGUGCUGGGUGUUGUGGACAUCAACGCCUGGAUUUUACUUAUUGUUUUUGCAUUGAUUGCUGUUUACAUAUACAUAAGAUGGAAAUUUGGAAUUUGGCGUCGUCUUGGAGUCCCUGGUCCUAAUCAUUUUCCAUACAUUGGAGGAAUUAAUGAAAUGAAAGAAUUAGGAGUCCAUGGAUUUGACCAAAAGAUGAUCCAAUCUUAUGGAGGACUUGUCGGUCUCUACUUAGGGUCUAUUCCUUCUCUACUGAUAGCAGACCCCGAUAUAAUCAAGAAAAUAACAACUAAAGACUUCUCAAAGGCUCCAAACAGAUUGAACGUCGUUCGAAACAAUAGUGAGCUCCAACAUGGCUUGUCUCUGGUUGAAGAUGACCACUGGAGAUUCAUGAGAAAUACUCUCUUACCAACAUUUUCAAGUGGGAAAAUGAGAAAGAUGAAUCCCAUUCUAAGAAAAAAAUAUCAGUUAUUGCUGGAAAGUCUUAAAAGAGAGUCAGAUAAAGGAAACUCCAUAGAGUUUAAAGAAAUGUUUGGUAGAUACACUAUGGACGUUAUAGCCGCUCUUGGGUUCGGAAUGGACAUAGACUCGCAGAUGGAACAAGAUAAUACAUUUGUGAAAUAUGCCAAAGAGCUGUUCGACAACAAGAUAUCGUUGCGUUUACUCCUGAUUUUUGUUUUACCAUUUGUUGACCGUGUGUUGGACUACUUUGAGUUAUCACCGUUAAAUAAUCGAAAAGUGAUGAACUUUUUUAAAUCGGCUGUACAUCAGGCAGUUAAAAUGCGAGAUGAAGGAGAUCAGAAUAGAACAGAUAUGCUACAGUUAAUGUUGAAUGCUCACAAAGACACCGACAAGAAUGAAAUAGAGAGUGAACACAGCUAUGAAGAGGAUCCUAACAAAUGGAAAAAGCGAGGUUUGACUGAAGAUGAAGUGACCGGGAAUGCUAUAUUUUUUAUACUUGCUGGGUUUGAUACAACGGCAAGCAGCAUGACUUUUAUGGCAUAUUGUCUGGCAACGAACCCAGAUUGCCAAGAAAAACUCAUUGACGAAAUCGAUUCAAUUCUAGGAAAGGAGUUACCAACUUAUGACAAUGUACAGAAGAUUGACUACAUGGACUGGGUUUUCAAUGAGACACUUAGACUCUAUCCGCCAGCUGUAAGAACAAAUCGGGUGAGCAAAGUUGAGAUGGACAUAGGCGGGUAUAAGAUUCCUAAGGGCGUUGAUCUGUCGUUUGCUAUUUAUGCACUUCAUAAAGAUCCUAAAUACUGGCCAGAACCUGACAAAUUUGAACCAGAAAGGUUUUCUCCUGAAAACAAGGCUGGGCGUCACCCAUACGCCUUUCUUCCAUUUGGCCAUGGUCCUAGAAACUGUAUAGGACAACGCCUAGCUGCCAUGGAAGCUAAAUGUGCCAUUAUCUACAUACUUCAGCAUUACCGCUUUGUUACAUGUAGUGAAACAGAGGUCUUAUUAUUAUUUUGUAGACGUGUGAAAUGGAAGUUUGGAUUAUGGCGUCGUCUUGGUGUUCCAGGUCCUGAAUAUUUUCCUUAUAUUGGGUCGCUUAGAGAGUUAAAGAAAAUUGGUGUCCAUGGAUUUGAUAUGAAACAGAUCGACAAAUACGGUAGAGUCGUCGGCACCUUCAUAGGUGGAGUGCCUUCACUCUUGAUAGCGGAUCCUGAAAUUAUUAAAACUAUUUCAGUUAAAGAUUUCUCUUACGCCCCAAACAGAGCUAAUAGUUUUCAGAUCAGGAGUGAAUUGCGACAUGGCUUGACUGCUGUUGAAGAUGACCACUGGAGAUUUAUGAGAAACACACUUUUACCAACAUUUUCAAGUGGGAAAAUGAGAAAGAUGGAUCCACUUUUAAGAAAGAAGUAUCAGUUGUUACUCGAAGGUUUGAAAAAGGAAGCGGAUCAGGGAAAAACCAUAGAGUUUAAAGAAAUGUUUGGUAGAUACACGAUGGACGUUAUAGCCUCGCUUGGAUUCGGAAUGGAUAUAGACUCACAGACAAACCCAGAUAAUACAUUUGUGAAAUAUGCCAAGGAACUUUUUGCGCCAAGAAUUAAUUUUCUUAUUUUCCUUAUUGUUAUUUUUCCACCACUUGAUGGGAUAUUGAACUAUUUUAACAAAUCUCCAACGAAUAAUCGCAGAGUUAUGAACUUCUUCAAAUCGGCGGUCCACCAGGCCAUAGAAAUGCGGGAUGAGGGUGAUAAGAAUAGGAAAGAUUUGCUGCAGAUGAUGCUAAAUGCCCACAAGGACACCGAGAAGAAUGAGAUUGAGGACGUGCACAGCUAUGAAGGAGACCCAAACAAAUGGAAAAAACGAGGUCUGACGGAGGAUGAAGUCACAGGCAAUGCUAUACUCUUCCUUCUCGCGGGAUUUGAUACAACGGCUAGCACCAUGACCUUUCUGGUAUAUUGUCUGGCAACGAACCCAGAUUGUCAGGAAAAACUUAUAAACCAAAUUGACUCAACUUUAGGGAACGACCUUCCUACAUACGACAACGUCCAGAAGUUGGAGUAUUUAGACUGGGUCUUCAAUGAGACUCUGAGGUUAUACCCUCCCGCCGUCAGAACCAAUCGAAAAAGUAAAGUGGAAAUGGAAAUCGGUGGUCACAAGAUUCCGAAAGACAUGGAUCUGUCCUUUGCAAUUUUUGCAGUACAAAGAGACCCUGAAUACUGGCCGGAUCCGGAGAAAUUUGAUCCGGAAAGGUAG